AUGACCCGUCUUGAAGUGGAAACGCUGAACCCAAAAUUGGGGUCUCCCUCCCUGGCUUCGCUUAUUCAAAUCUGGGCUGGUGGGGAACAGGGAAAAAGCAGCAGCAGUGUGUUGGUGAAGGCGAUGAACAACAUUUUCUCCAUCCCGAUUUUGAUAAUUUCACUCGCGUUUUUGUCAGCCGUUGAUUGCAGCACAGGAGAAUGGCAGAUCCUCGGCAGUCUAAACUAUUCUUCUCAGAUCCGUCUCCACUCUCACACUCUCCUUCUCGUCACCGUCCCAUGGUGCGGCGAGUCCCGGUCCCUUAUGAGGGAACUGUCCCGACUAGUUGCCGAUAAGACAAUGGAGUUUGACUCCUUGAAAUUGGCGUUUAUUCAUAGGAACACGGAGAAAGUAUUGGCAGAUUCCAUUGGUGCCUCGGAUGGAAUAACGGUGUUUUAUUAUGAUCACUCCGUAUCUUAUAAGUACCAAGGAAAGCUUCGAGCUCCAAGUAUAUUGAACUCUAUUCAUCCUUAUAUGAUAGCUGAUUCUCCUGAGGAACUUCCUCUAAAGCCCCUUAAUUCUCAGGAGGACUUGAAAUCGUUUCUAGAAGCAACUGACAGAGCUUUGAUUUUAGCUGAAUUUUGUGGUUGGGCUCCCAAGUUAGUGGCUAAGGUCAAGAAUAAUGAAACUGGGACUGAUUUGACGCCUAAGGAAAUGGAAAUUGGGAUGCUGAAAUGUGGUGUUGAAAAUGGGAUUGCUGGAAUUCCUUGGAUUACUGAGUUUAGUAUGGUAAAUGGUAGUGUUUCUUCACGGGAGAGUGAAAAUUUGAAAUUUGGUCUUGGAUUGAGCUGUACCUUAAAAGAAUAUAAGCAAUUUGAUUUGUUUUUCUCGAAGUUGAUUGAUGUUAGAAGAGAGUUCUUAGUUCCUCCCGAAAGGCUUAGAUUUGGGUUGAUUUCUCAUAGAUCAUUGAUGUCAUCGCUUGGUGUUGAAGAUUCUGGUACAUGGAUGGCAGUGAUGUACUUCAAAGGAUGUCCUGGUUGUUCAAAAGUUAUUAAAGAUGAGUAUGACCUCAAGAAUGCCAUAGUGACUGACAAUUCAGUUGUUCGUGAGCUACAAUUUGAUGGCCAAGAUCUUCCGCUUGCUUUACCUGCAAAUAAGCCAUCAGUAAUCCUUUUUGUUGAUAGAUCAUCUGAUACAUUAGAGACUAGAAGAAAAAGUAGGGAAGCUCUUGAUGCAUUUAGAGAAGUAGCGCUUCACUACCAGAUUUCAGAUUGGAAGAGUUCACAAAAUACCGAUCACCAAGAAAAGUCACUACUUCUAGCUUAUAAGGGUACAUCAGGACAUCCAAGACUACGUCUAUUUGAAACGUUAAAGGAUAAAAUGUCAUUCAUGAUUAUAAAUGAGGCUAAGCAUGUCACUCUAGAUAAUAUAGCCUCAGAUUUGCAAGGUAAAUCUUUGCAAGAGAUCUUAGCUUAUCUUAUUGAGAGAAAGAAGGAAACCAAAUUGAGCUCACUUGCAAAGGAAUUAGGCUUUCGUCUUUUAUCAGAUGAGCUUGCCAUCAAAGCAGCCAAGGAAGUACCAUCACCAACAGAUGGUCAAUCGAACGAUGCCUCACCGCCACCAUCUCAGGAAGUUCCUUUAAUUGGUAUUGUUGAUCCACAGACUCUACCAAUGGAAACUGAAAACACUUUGGUGCGUGAGGAAAAACCUAAGUCUAUUGGUAUUGAAGUUGGACCUUCUUCUCCUGAUAGAAGUCAAAAUUUCAUAUCUAUAGAAACUGACAAACUUUUGGAAGGUCUUGAGCUGGUUAUAGCUGGGAAUUUUAAGGCAAAAGAGAAAAUAUCAUCAGAGAUAAAGAAGUCCGGGGAACAAGGACCUCAUGUGCAAGAGUUUAAGGGUUCUUUUUUCUUUUGUGAUGAUAACUAUCGACUACUUGAAUCUUUGACUGGUGGAUCAACAAUUCCAUCAUUGGUUUUAGUUAAUCCUAAAUCUCAGAAUCAUUAUGUCUACUCCGAAGAGACAAUUUUAAGUUACUUGUCAAUUUCUAAAUUCCUUCAUGAAUAUCUUAGAGGAAGCAUUGUUCCGUAUCAACGCACUGUGCCUGUUCUUCACAGCCCCAGGGAGUCCACUUCUCCGCCGUUUGUUCAUCUAGAUUUUCAUGAAAUGGAUUCCAUCCCUCAAAUUCGGAAAUGA